AUAUAUAUAUCUGUUACAACUAGGAAAAUAUAAUUUGCUAAAAGCUAAAAAGUCAAAAUUGUGUCUGUGUAUGUUUGAUAUUGAUAAUUUUUUUAUGCUGACAGCCAAUCUAACCUUACUAUAAAAGUAGUUGGGUGUAUUCUGAUUCAUAUUUAUUGCGUGUCAUAACAUUUAAUAUUUAAAGAAAAUCAUAAACAUCUAAAUGGAUAAUAAAGAACCAUCACUACACUUACUCAGCUCAGAGGAAUUUUCUCCUGAUAGAUAUGUUAAAUGCUUGUCACAAAACUAUGUGGGAGGAUCUGAACUACAGGCAGUAAGGAAGAAAAUACAAUCACUUUCAGAAGAUACAAACACAAAUCUUAAAAAAAAUGUUUACCAAAAUUAUGUGCAAUUUAUCGACACUGCAAAGGAAAUUUCUCAUUUGGAAAGUGAAAUAUAUCAAUUAUCACAUCUGCUGUCUGAACAAAAGUCUCUGCUCAAUUCAUUAGCGACCACAUCAGUAAUAAAGGAUUCAAAUCAUUUAAACACAGAUAAAGAAGAAACUGAAGAAAAGAAUGUAAAAGAAAAUAAACAAAAAAUAGAUAGCAUUUUAGAGAAAGUAGAAGGUUGUAAAGGUUCUCUAGAUAUUCUUGAUAGAAAGUUCUUAUUUGAAGGUGAUCUAACUGAAUUAGAUCCUGUUGAUAAUGUCCCAUUGAAAUCUGUCCAUGCAUAUUUGUUCAAUGACGGCUUUAUGUUGUGUGACAAGAACUCCAAUAUGCAUGGUUUAACUAAAUAUUCAUUUGAAGUUAUCUAUGAAUUGGGAAGUUUGGCUGUAGUAAAUGUAAAAGAUCUUGGAAAUAUUAAACAUGCUUUUAAGCUUCUUAUUUUUCCUGACACCAGAGUUUUUCAAUGCAUAUCAAAUUCAAAUAAAAAAGAGUGGCUGGAUCAAUUUGAUCAAGCUAAAAAAAUAAGAUUUACCCAAGAUUGUCAAAGAAGAGAAUCAAUUAUUGAAAAGUCACCAACAAAAUCACUGGGUGAUGGAAAUGCAGGAAUGGUGGAAGCUGAAGAAGAUGUAAGUCCUAUUCACCCAGAAUGGUUUUUGGAUUUACCUGAGGAAUUAGAUGUUUGUGUUGCUCAAAGACAUUUUGAAGAUGCAAUUGUACUUCUACAGAAAGGAAAGGAUUAUAUAACUCAAUUGAAUACACAAACUUCAAAAGUAGAUCACAUACUUAUGGAUGUACAGAGAAAGAUUAAUACUAGACAAAAUAAUUUAACUGAAGUUUUGAUGAAAGAGUUAGAGUUAAAUCCUGACAAAUCUUUGCAAGGUGGAUUAAGAGCGGCGAGAAGAGCAGUUCGGUUGCUGAAUAAAUUAGGUCGUUCGACGCAGUCUUGUGACCUAUUUCUGAAACUUUGUACAAGCAUGUUAAAAAUUCAAUGUAAAAGAGUUAAACGUGAGGGUUCAACGACAACGUACAUCAGACUUUUAUCCAGUGUUGUUUUCACAAAUAUGUGCCACAUGACUGAGGAAUUUUUGAGGGCUUUUGCAGAAUCAUCAGUAUGUACAUCAGCGUAUAUUGUAUGGGCAUCCAGCGAAUUAUCCGUAUUUUUAACCCACUUUAUGAAGCAGGUGUUUGUUCCUCAAACUUCUCUUCCUACAAUAACCGACUGCGUUUUGAUUGUUAAAACACAAUGUGCUCGCUUAUGUUCAUAUGGUAUAGAUUUAUGUUAUCAAUUAGAUGGCGUUUUAAUUACACCUUUAAUAAAAGCUUUAUUGGAUACUAGAGAUAAAUUAAUUGAUUCAGUUAAAGUUCGAGCCCUAGAAGAUAAAUGGAUUCCAACAAAUUUGAACUCAAAAAUAGGUUUAAAUAGAUGUUUAAGUGAACACAAGGAAAUGGGUCUUGAGCUUGAACUUUAUAUUACUGGUGAUACUUGGCUUCAGCUUACACAAAAUACUCUUUCAUUUACAAAGGUGAUUUUGGCAUUACUUGAGUGUUGCCUUAGAUUAAAAACUACGGAGCUACUUUACACAAUAGAUAUUAUAAUGUGUGAAAUAUACACAGCACAAUUGAAACAUUACGAAAAUUCAUUAUCAUUGGAUGUAGGAACUGAUGAAAAACAUUUUAUUGUAAAGAAUUUAGAAUUUUUGUUAACAACCCUAUAUAAUCUAAUGCAGAAGAAAUAUAUGAAAGCUAAUGGAUUUGAAUGUAAAUCUCUUAGCAAAGUGAACUCACAAUAUUUAUCUUUAAUUAAAAUGAGUUCAAGUACUAGAAGGACCAAAUACUCCUCCGAUUUACUUUAAUCAUUUUAUUCUAUUUAAUAAUUUAUUAUUUAGUUAGUAUUAGUAUGUAUAAAGAUGUUAUCUAUGUUAAUAUUUAUAUAUAAUAAUAAU